GCUCGCCAGAUUAUCUGAGGCAAGGAUUUGCUGAACUAAUGGAGAGUUUGGGUUUGGGGCGCGGGUCCGCCGGCCAGGGGGUUAUUUUGUAGAAAAUGAGAUGACGAUCUAGCCAGUGCAAUUCGUGAAUCUGUCAAUGAUGCUACAUAUUUGGCAGCGGCACUGCGGCGGCAACAGAUAAUCAGUAGACUACUUUAAGCAUAGCCCCGAAUCCCUACAGCCUGACGUCCUAGAGCCGCUACCCCGAUUGUUAAUUCAGAACGCUGUCCCUUGUCAGUAAACAAGGCCAGGACUCUCUUCAUGUCUCCUGCUCUGCGUGCUCGUUCGCCGAAUAUCAUUGACGACAUUGUCAAGCGUCCACCACCGUCUCCUUCCGACAAAGCCCCACCACAGAAGAAGCUAGACGUCAAAUCACGACCUGCCUCGGAGGAGCCAACGCCGAAGGCAGGCUCGCCCAUUACUACACCCAAGGAAAAGAACGACCUGAAGGAGGUUGAGAAGAAGGAGUGCAAGCUCAGUAAACAUGAUGUGAUCGAUAUGGAAGUCUUCGGCCAGAUAAUCGAACUGGAUGAUGGGGACAGCUCAUUUGUAUCGGACAUGGUGACCGACUACCUUGAGCAGGUGGAUUCCACAUUCAAAAAAAUGGAUGACGCCAUGGAAACUGGAGACUUGAAGGGAAUAUCACAGCUAGGGCACUUCCUGAAGGGCUCAUCAGCCGCGCUGGGCGUGAAGCAGGUGUCAUUGACUUGCGAGAAGAUACAGAACACGGCCAAGGGUAAAACCACAGAGAAGACCCUCGAGGAAGUGAUGUCGCUACUAAAACGUGUCAAGGAGGAAUACGGUGCGGCAAAGAUUUGGUUACUGGAGUAUUGCCCGACGUGAUAACGAUCAAUCAAUUACACCUCUCUGCUGAGCUUGCUCACCACCAUACCCAAGAGUUCAGGUUGUAUGAUUUUCACUGUACUCUACCUAUCUAAGUAGUAACUGCCACACUUACGCUUGGCCACAUCCAUCCUUUGUUUUCACUAUCCGCAAUGUUCCACUAUAU